CUAACGGAAACUGUCCGGAAGGGAAAGAGUGCUGCUGUUACUGAAUUAUUUUCAAAGUAAAUUGCUUAUGAUGCUUUUAGUCAAGUUGGAAAACAACUGAUUCGGAGUUAGUAAAACAUUUUUCGCAGAAGAAAAAAGUGUGAAAAGUAACUGCGGUUAAGCCUCUCUUCCUGAAAGCGUGGUUAAUGCAACGGACACCCAACCAUUCACAAAGCUAAAAAUUGUGUGACGCUAAACAAGAAGUGAAGGAGCAACUGAACCAAACACCUCUGAAGAAGAAUAACAUCUUCAGAAGAGUUUUUCUACCAGUGUCAUGGAGGUCUCAUAUGCUGACUCUGACCCUGAUUCAUACUCUGUUGUACAUAAACCAACUAGGAUAAACCCACCACGGAGUGCAAAGAGACAGGGGUCCAACAGUCAAUCAGCAAAAGAGCAAAGUUAUAUAUACAUACAGACAAUAGAUUAUGACUCUUCAGCCCUGCCACCCAAUUUUAGUGAAGAUGAGCGAGAGGACUCCAACAGUUCAAGACAACAAGAAAAGAGGAUAAAAGAGAAACAAGGAGAAGGACAAGAGAAGAAAAAGAUGUCUGACAAGUUAAAGGAAAUGACAAAGGAGAAGACUAAAAUGGAAGAGAAGAACUCGCAACUUCAGAGAGAGUUACAGGAGCUGAAUAAAAAGAAGACUGAAAUAGAAGAGAAGAACCUGCAACUUGAGAGAGUGUUACAGGAGCUGAAUAAAAAGAAGACUGAAAUAGAAGAGAAGAACUCGCAACUUGAGAGAGUGUUACAGGAGGUGAAUAAAAAGAAGACUGGAAUGGAAGAGAAUUUACAGGAGGUGAAUAAAAAGAAGACUGGAAUGGAAGAGAAUUUACAGGAGGUGAAUAAAAAGAAGACUGAAAUGGAAGAGAAUUUACAGGAGGUGAAUAAAAAGAAGACUGAAAUGGAAGAGAAGUUACAGCAGGUGAAUAAAAAGAAGACUGAAAUGGAAAAGAAUUUACAGGAGGUGAAUAAAAAGAAUACUGAAAUGAAAAAGAAUUUACAGGAGGUGAAUAAAAAGAAUACUGAAAUGAAAAAGAAUUUACAGGAGGUGAAUAAAAAGAAGACUGAAAUGGAAAAGAAGUUACAGGAGGUGAAUAAAAAGAAGACUGAAAUGGAAGAGAUGUUACAGGAGGUAAAUAAAAAGAAGACUGAAAUGGAAGAGAAGUUACAGGAGGUGAAUAAAAAGAAGACUGAAAUGGAAGAGAAUUUACAGGAGGUGAAUAAAAAGAAGACUGAAACGGAAGAGAAUUUACAGGAGGUGAAUAAAAAGAAGACUGAAAUGGAAGAGAAGUUACAGGAGGUGAAUAAAAAGAAGACUGAAAUGGAAAAGAAGUUACAGGAGGUGAAUAAAAAGAAGACUGAAAUGGAAGAGAAUUUACAGGAGGUGAAAAAAAAGAAUACUGAAAUGGAAGAGAAUUUACAGGAGGUGAAUAAAAAGGAUACUGAAAUGGAAAAGAAUUUACAGGAGGUGAAUAAAAAGAAGACUGAAAUGGAAGAGAAGUUACAGGAGGUGGAUAAAAAGAAUACUGAAAUGGAAGAGAAGUUACAGGAGGUGGAUAAAAAGAAGACUGAAAUGGAAGAGAAUUUACAGGAGGUGAAUAAAAAGAAGACUGAAAUGGAAGAGAAUUUACAGGAGGUGAAUAAAAAGAAGACUGAAAUGGAAGAGAAUUUACAGGAGGUGAAUAAAAAGAAUACUGAAAUGGAAAAGAAUUUACAGGAGGUGAAUAAAAAGGAUACUGAAAUGGAAAAGAAUUUACAGGAGGUGAAUAAAAAGAAGACUGAAAUGGAAGAGAAGUUACAGGAGGUGGAUAAAAAGAAGACUGAAAUGGAAGAGAUGUUACAGGAGGUGAAUAAAAAGAAUACUGAAAUGGAAGAGAAGUUACAGGAGAUGAAUAAAAAGAAGACUGAAAUGGAAGAGAAUUUACAGGAGGUGGAUAAAAAGAAGACUGAAAUGGAAGAGAAGUUACAGGAGGUGGAUAAAAAGAAGACUGAAAUGGAAGAGAAUUUACAGGAGGUGGAUAAAAAGAAGACUGAAAUGGAAGAGAUGUUACAGGAGGUGAAUAAAAAGAAGACUGAAAUGGAUGAGAAUUUACAGGAGGUGGAUAAAAAGAAGACUGAAAUGGAAGAGAAUUUACAGGAGGUGGAUAAAAAGAAGACUGAAAUGGAAGAGAAUUUACAGGAGGUGAAUAAAAAGAAGACUGAAAUGGAAGAGAAUUUACAGGAGGUGGAUAAGAAGAAGACUGAAAUGGAAGAGAAUUUACAGGAGGUGGAUAAGAAGAAGACUGAAAUGGAAGAGAAGUUACAGGAGGCAGAACAUAGAAACAGAAAAUUAAAGAUAGCCUCUGUGCUGGUUCUGGUUCCACUGUGUAUUGGAUUUCACUUAGCUUUCAAAGGGCAUGAGAUGAACCAUCUUGAGCUUAGACUGAUGUUGGUGGGGAAAACUGGAGCAGGAAAGAGUGCAUCAGGAAACACCAUCCUGGGUGAAGAGGCCUUUAGAGUCGAGGCGUCUCCUGCGUCUGUGACCGCAAGCUGUAUGAAGAAGAACAAAGUCUUGGAUGGAAGAAACAUCACCAUAAUUGACACUCCGGGUGUCAUGGACACGUGGCUAAUAUCUAACCAAACAGCCCACAGUGCACAUGAAUGUAUCUCCAUGUCUUCUCCUGUUCCUCAUGUGUUCCUUCUGGUAAUCAGACUGGGAAGAUUCACGGUGGAGGAGCGCAAUGCUGUGAAGUGGAUUCAGGAGAACUUUGGAGAAGAAGCUCUGAUGUUCACCAUGAUUCUGUUCACUGGUGGAGAUCUGCUGGAAGGGAAACCAGUGGAGAAAUUUAUCAGUAAUAGUUAUGAUCUCCAGAAUCUUGUAGACACCUGCGAAGCUAGAUAUCAUGUUUUUAACAACUACGAACAAAGUAACCACACUCAAGUCACAGAGUUGUUUGAAAAGAUAAAUGUAUUACUGCACAAGAACAUGGGUUACUUUUACACAAAAGAGGUUCAUCAGAAGGUCCAGAGAAGCACCAGAGAAGAGGAAGAGAGAAAGAGAGUGAUUUUAGAGAAAGAGAUUAAAAUGGAGGAAGAGAGAAAGAGAGCCAAGGUGGAAAAAGUGAUCAGAGAAGAAGAGAAAAUUAAAUUUGAAGAGCGAGCAAAUGAGGUGAAAGAGGAGGCACAGAGAGAGUGUAACAGCAGAGAGAGAGAAAUCAGACAGGAAGAGAAAAUGAGAUGGAAACAGCUAGAAAGUGAAGUGAAAGAGGAGGCACAGAGAGAGUGUAACAGCAGAGAGAGAGAAAUCAGACAGGAAGAGGAAUUACAGAGGAACCAGCAGAAAGAAGAGAUGGGAGUGGAAGAGAGGAGGAAGAUUAAUGAGAUGGCAAUUAAACUAAGAGAUGAGCAAUACGAGAACAAAAAUCUUAAAGAAGAGUUAGAACAGGCAUAUAGUACAUCUUUCUGGUUCAAGGUCUCAACUGGCAUGCUCAUUCUAAUUCUGAUCACUGUGGUGUGUUUAAGAAAAGAAAAUAGCUGAACCAUUGGGAGAUUUUCACAAAUAACCAGGCCAAGGCUUAAAAUAGAAUAAUAAAAUAGAGCAAAUUGAAAUUAACCUCACCCAUUUUCCCAGUUCAAAUAUGGCCUUACAAAUGAUAAUAAUGAUUUGCAGGACCCAACAUGCAUAUAAAGUUUUGAAUGUUGUUUUAGGGUGGUGUUAGUACUUGUGGCUUUAAUUAAACUUUCGUUGCAACACUCUAAAUGAAAAGACAUUCAUUCAUUCAAAUGAAAGAGAGCACCAUGUCGGACAUGUCAUUUAUUUUAUGAUUUUUUUUAUUGAACUAAAUGCCUGAAACUGUUAAUUUGUUCAAAUUACAGAUUACAGAUUUGUUCAAAAUCUCAUCCGAGAUUUUCAGUAGCAAGAUAUCUCAAGAACAAGAGGUUGAUGUUUGUAGGAUUUAUAUGGAAUUAUCAUCGCAACCAGCAGAUGAAAUGAUUAGAUUUUGCAAUUAAUCCAAGCACGGUCAAGGUCACAGGUCAAAUGUCUGGUAAAAAAAAAGUGAUUUUUCAGUAGCUUUUUUCCUGUUUGUCAUACAGAUAUGUGUUCAGAAAUGCAAGGCCCAUUUUUCGGCUAGCUGAGAUUUUUGCUAUCAGUCCGUCUGUGUGUCUGUCUGUUUGUCUGUCCGAGAUUCUUGUUAGCGCAAUAUCUCAAGAACAAGUGGUUGAAUGUUUGUAGGAUUUAUUUGGAAUUAUCACUGUAACCAGCAGAUCAGCUGAUUCGAUUUUUUUGAAUUGAUCCCAACAGGGUCAAGGUCACAGCAAGGUCAAAUGUCUAAAAUAGUUUUUCUUCAAUAGUGUCCUUCGUGUUCAAAGUAUUUUUAUUUCUGGCAUUCAAAUUAGUAACAAGAAGGACCAGGCUUGGUGGCGGAGGCGUCCCUAUCAACGCCAUUGGCGUCAAGUUCAACGUGUUUUUGAUUUUUGUAUAGCUUGUCAAUUAUCCCUGGAAUGGACUUGUGUACAAUCCAGGCACAAGCGAUUGCUUUAGGACUGGAUGUGAAAAUGUGUCAAUAAAAUGUCUCUAUAUUAAA